AUGGGGUUAUUUACCAGCGCCGUGCAUCGGGUGACCCUGCCCGUCCCGUGCGGGGCAGCCCGCAGCUCGGGCCCCGCCUGGAGACGUUCCUGCUCCUUCCGAGGGAAGGAACCCGAAUGCAGGCAGAAACCCGCGGGGCCAAAGCGCGUCCUCCAAACAGCGAGCCUUCCCUCAUCACCCGCAGCCCGGUAUCCCGAUGUCGUGACCACGGAAUACAGCCCGCUACCGCCGGGCGGUUGGUUCGUCAGCUCUCGGUUUACCGCAACGUUUAUUUAUUUCCCGGACAGGACCCGCCGGCAGGACCGCCGCUCCGCCAGGGGGCGCCCUCGCCGCGCGCCCGCUCUCCCACUGCGCCUGCGCAGGGCCGCCCCCUCUGGGAAGCGGCACCGAGACGCGCGGCGGCAGCGCUUCGGAACCGGGGGCGGCGAUGGAGCGGGCGGACGACGGGAGCGUGGCGCUGUGCGUGCUGUGCGGGCUGCCGGCCGCCGGCAAGUCCACGCUGGCCCGCGCUCUGCGCCGCGAGCUGCCGCUCCGUCAAGGCUGGGACUGCGCGGUGCUCACCUACGACGACCUCAUCCCGCGGGAGGCCUGGGGGCGGGGCGAGCCUCCGGAGGGGGAGCCCCCAUUGACUCCCUGGGCUUCUGCCAGCUCUUCCUGGAGUGCCCCCUGGAGCUGUGCCUGCACAGGAACCGCCUGCGGGGCCGCCCGGUGCCCGAUGGGACCAUCUGCCGCAUGGCACAGAGGAUGGAGGUGCCCGAGCCCGGGAAGAACCCCUGGGAGCAGAACAGCCUCGUCCUGAGCAGCUCCGCGUGCAGCCCGGGGCAGCAGCACGACGCGGCGCUGAUGGAGGCUUUCCACGUGCAGAUAAUGAGCUUGCUGGCUGCUGCGUUGGAAAACCCCGUGAAGCAAAACAAGGAAAACACGGAGCAGAAGGAAGCAGACCGAGCGCUGUGUGCAGCCAGCGCUGUCCAUCGAGCUGAUCAGGCGUGCAGACGGAUCAUCUCUCAAAGCAUGAAGGAGGCGAGAGAUAAGAACUUGCUCCCAAGUGAGAUGAAAAGCCUGGCAGAAGAACUCAGCAAACUCAAAGCAGAGUUUUUGGAAGAUUUGCGGCAAGGAAGUCAUCUGGAAAACGAAGCCGGCCGACAAAAUGCCUCCUUUGACCCUGCUACCAGUGUGCUUUCUUCAUUCCAGCUUGAGGCAACCGAUGUCGUUAAUAAAUACAUUUUGAAAUAAUAAUGCUGCACUGCUUUUAAGAGUAAAGAGCAUUAAAAACGUAACACCGUUUCAGCAGCGCUGCUGAAAACGUCUCAGAGUGACAGCACCCUUCUCUGGAGGGCUCAGCCACCUCCAGCUGCUGCCCCUGGGUUAUGGAAUAGGGACGCUGCCUGAGCACACCAGCCUGGGAGGGAGCCUGAAGUCAUCAAGCCCCGCUUCCCUCUUGCAGGGGCACCCACGCUCAGGCUGGCCCGGCCUUCCCACACCUUCCUAAAGCACACCAAGGCACGAGCAGUUCACCAGCUGACCCGCGUGCAAUUUGAAGAUGAAUUACUGUCCGACUUCAUUAGAAAGUAUUAUUUUAUUCUUAACCUUACAAAAGCGAAGCUUCACAACAUGAACUACACUAGAUAAGAGUCGAGUUAUUUCAGAACGAACCCUGUCUUCUGAAAACAUCCACUACACAAUAAAAUUUAGUUUACGGUUCUAA